UCAUGGUGCAUUCCAGGAAGCUGCUCUUUUCGCUGAAUUAAAUCAUCUGACGCGCGCGCUGUCUCCCCACUCUCGGGUGGAAUGAGCGGUUCUCGCCGGUUAACCGAGCAGCAGCGGCAGCAGCAGCGGUGGCGGCGGCACUGGCACUGAGGCAGGCUGCUUGAGGACUGAAUGUCGCGCUGACUUCUGAGGGGACUCGCAGCCGAGACGGGGACGAGGACAGAGAGGCUGUUAGGAUGGCUUCAAACUUCAACGAUAUAGUGAAGCAGGGCUACGUGAGGAUUCGGAGUAAGAAACUGGGGAUCUUCAGAAGAUGCUGGCUUGUAUUCAAGAAGGCAUCCAGUAAAGGACCACGGCGAUUAGAGAAAUAUCCAGAUGAAAAAGCUGCUUACUUCAGAAGCUUUCACAAGAUAACUGAGCUACACAACAUUAAGAACAUUACUCGAAUGCCACGAGAGACCAAGAAACACGCAGUGGCAAUUAUUUUCUGCGAUGAGAUGUCAAAGACAUUUGCCUGUGAGUCAGAGCUGGAGGCCGAGGAGUGGUGGAAGUUAUUGUGUUUGGAGUGUCUGGGCAGCAGACUUAAUGACAUCAGCCUGGGAGAACCGGACUUGUUAGCAGCAGGGGUGCAGAGGGAACAGAACGAAAGAUUUAAUGUUUACUUGAUGCCGACCCCAAACCUGGACAUCUAUGGAGAGUGCACAAUGCAGAUCACCCACGAGAACAUCUACCUUUGGGACAUCCAUAAUGCCAGAGUCAAGCUGGUCAUGUGGCCGCUCAACUCCCUGAGGAGAUACGGCAGAGACUCGACCUGGUUCACAUUUGAGUCUGGGAGGAUGUGUGAUACAGGAGAGGGUUUGUUCACGUUCCAGACCAGAGAAGGCGAGAUGAUCUAUCAGAGAGUUCACUCUGCCACACUGUCCAUCGCUGAGCAACAUGAACGCAUGAUGAUGGAGAUGGAGAAGAGCUCACAGACUCUUUCAAACGAGAGCACAUUAACAAAGUCGAUAUCUCUCCCGCGAAGCGCUUACUGGCACCACAUCACGCGUCAGAACAGCGUGGGAGACAUCUGCAAUUACCAAGGUACGAGCUUGACUAUGACGCUCAUUCCGCGAGCGCAGACGUUUCAAAGCUUCCUUUCCGAGCAGACGGAGGAGGAACGGAACCAGGAGCAAGCGACAGCGGCCUCUAGCGGCUGCGACAGGGACUGCAGCAGCUCGCCGCUCCGUUGACUGCACGGUCACGGCUUCGAAAGCCACGACUCACGGACAUUCCAAAGCUUUGGGAAGCUCAUAAUAGACACAUGUACAGUAUGAACUCUCUCUAUAUAUGUAUGUAUAUGUAUGACUUAAUAAUUAUUUGUAGAACAGUGUGUAUACUAAAGACUCUAGGAGCCUCUUUUUGUACGUCUAAGAAAAAAGGAAAAAAAACAAAAAACAAAUGCCAAAAAGUUGUACCAUAAUCUUUAUUUUCCUUGUGUAGUUUAAGACAAAUGGACUUUCUGCAGUUAUUUUUCAGAUUUACUGUAAAUAUGAAUGCGCUGUAGCGCUUAACACCACAAGGUUCUUGCAUUUUUGUCUGCCGUUGUAAUGGGACACUUAGAUUCUGUCAAACAAGUAGUCUGUUUGUGUUUUAGCACCCUGCACUUUUAAAUUAGAGCUCGUUUUGCACUUUUGUCAUUUUGCUUUGGGUUUCAAUAUGUGCAGCCAUGUUGUCUGUAGAUGCUUGCAGUGUGGGAAAUGGGGAAAAUGUAUACUUUUAAAGGGAUAGUUCACCUAAAAAUGGAUAUUCUGUUCAAUUUCCAAACUGGUAUGACUUGCUUUCUUCUGUGGAACACAAUAGAAGUCAUUUUGAAGACUGCUGGAUGCACAUUUCCAUCAAAAGCACUGUAAAUGUAUCAUAAAAGUGUCCACAAUACUCGAUUCUGAAUAUUAUGAAUCCAUACAAUAGUGUUGUGUGAUAAACAGAUCCAAAUUAAAGUGGUUAUUCACUGGAAAUCGUGAACAAAUCGCAGAUCUUUUCAAUGAAUCGGUUGAUCUAGUUCACAAAAACAGUCUGAAUGAUUAAUUUACUACUAGGCCUAACUAUGCUUGCAAGUUCCAUUGAACUCUAUUGGUAAUGAUGGAAUUUGCGACUAUAGUUGCUUUGGGAAACACACCCCAGGUUUGAAAUAUGAAAAUUAAUUUUUUACAUUUUUGGACGAACUAUUCCAUUUAAUCUUUUCCCCCUUAUUUUAUAUUAAAUUAAUUUCUGAAAUGUGUCUACACACUGGACGAGAGGUUCGGUUAAUCUGAAUCUUCUCACACUGCAGAAGAAGUGCCUUCAGACUCUGCUAGACUGAGACUCUGGCUAGAACGCUGAUUAAAUUAGCAUUCAGCCAGCCAUCCAACAUGUUUAUAACUGAAUUAUGUCUAUAUGUUGACACUGCAUUUGUCUAAAAGCAGAACAAAAUGUCUAUUCUCUCCCUGCACAGGAAAAUGCUUUUCCAAUAACUCUACUGAAUGGGUUUCAAAGGUUCAAAUGGUCUUGCAAAGAUAGUGGAUGAUAGAAGUGUGCACAGAAACAAUAAUGCAUUCAGUGCGACAAUCAAUUCAGAUUUACUCGACCAUAAAAUACCUUUAAAUGACUGUUGAUGUUUUGUCUAAUGUGCUAGAAAACCUGUUUCAACCAGAAUAACACCACAAACGAUCAUGUCCAUGACUCAUGAUGUGGAGUUAAAGGUUUGAGAAGCACAUGAAAAAAAAUCUCCCCCCCUUUUCCACAUGUAAUUAUUUACUCAGAAUUCAUUCUAGUCAGCGUUUAGUAGAACUUGAAUGUGAAUUAACCUCUGUUUUAUUGCAGUGUGCAUUGUUCUUCAUUUAAAAUGUCUUUAAAAAGGGAAUGCCCUUUUCUAAGGAGAUUUCUAAGGGAUAUUUGGUCAAACACUGUGUUUUAAUCCAUAAUAUUCCAAAUUUUGCCAGUUAUGAACAUUACAUGGAAAUUGCCUUUGGGCUUUUUCAGGAAUCAUUUCUUGUAUAAUGUCUUUCUGGUUGUGUUAAAGCAUUUACACAGGUUUCAGUUUGUGUGUACGCUUAUUUGUAAUUGUAUGUUGUUGUUUUUUAAUCCAUGUUUUAUUUUAUGGCAUUAAGUAGAAUUUUGUCCUGUGUGGAUAUGUCAAUGUUUACUGAGUAAAAUAAACUGAAUGGACUUUACAUAAACCCCUGAGUA